AUGGCGACAGUCCAGGUCCUUCGAACACUUCUGACUCUCUUUAGCUUUCAGCUCGCCGUCCUUAUCUCCCCUGGUUUGGCUUCCAACUCCAUGAUCACCGGCGGCUACCUGACAGAGGGCCAAAACCUGACGUACAGGGAAUACACCCUGACUAUGCAAUCAGACUGCAACCUUGUCCUUAAAAACGGGAGCACAGUAAUCUGGGAGACCAUGACCGGUGGCUAUGGGCAAGGGUGCUACCUCACUCUCUCCCAGAAUGGCAAACUCUACCUCUACGCUCGGUACGGUAUGUACAGUUACGCCAUCUGGAACAGCCGCACAGAGUCCCAGUAUGGGACCUAUGCCCUCGUCCUCCGGUAUGAUGGUACCCUCCGCAUAUACGGCCCCAAUAUUUGGACAGCCAGCUCUUCAUCAGCACAGCCACUCAGCACCACCGGAACAGGCUUAGUCAAUUGUAAGGUCACCGAUUCAGUGCUAUACUCCGGUGAUGUAGCCCCCAUCGGCACCACCAUCGUGAAUGGUGGCAACGUGCUCACACUGCAGUACGACUGCAACCUGGUGCUCACCAGUGACGGAGUCACAAAAUGGCAGACUGGUGUGACCGACAACACUUUGCAUGACUGUUUCGUUAACCUGGAAGCAAACGGUGAGUUUAGAGUGAAGCAUUGGGGUGGUGAUUUACUCUGGACCAACGGAGUGGCUGCAACCGUGUAUGCGGAGUUCGUUCUUGUACUGCAGUCUAAUGCGGAUCUCGGCGUCUAUGGGCCUGAAAUCUGGUCCAGCGUCUCUGCAUCUGGCAUUGGCAAACCUAGUGCUGAUCAUGGGAUUGAGAUGGUCACCGAUAAGUAG